UUGCUGUUUCUAUGCAAACUACUAAGCAAACUAUUCAGUAUAGUUUGGCUUUGAAAAAAAGUCUCACAGAGAGGGAAAAGGCCCUACAAGGAAGAAGUAAAAAACUCCCAUUAUCUUUCUCAAGUUCUCCCUGACUAGUAACUCUACUGUCUAUUGUCAUAAGGCCCUUAGCUCUCCUGCUUCUGCUGAUUGAGGUUGGCCCUGCAUCAUCAAUACUCUGUAACCAGGUGUAUAAAUUGCCACUUAGGAACCAUGAUGAUAAUUAAGUCUCAGUAUGAACAGGUACCCACCACGGAGUGAAGGAUUUGGCUCAGGGUCAAGGGGGCAGGGAAUGUGACAGUAAUAUUAUGUUGAUGGCUAACUUUAUGUUUAAAAGUUUAAAUUUUCUCUGCUUAAGAGAACUAUAAAGCAAAAUUAGACCUUCAAAUGUUAAGGGCCGUUAGGGUUAAAAUUUUUUUACUCCUGUUUCUGCUUCUGUAAACAAGCUUGUUUUGCUGGAGAGGAGCUUCUGCUUGCUUGAGAACUUAUCAAAAUGGCUGGCAGGGCACUGCAUUCAGGAAUCCUGAGUGAGUCCCAGCUAUAGAUCUAGUGCUAGUAUCUGAGUAAAAGCCUCUUCUUUGUUAAAAUGGUUAAAACGUAUUAAUGGUCAGAUUGGUGAAUCUCUAAUGGACCCCAGGCCCAUCGUAGGGUAAUGGUUUUUAAAAUACAUUUCAAAAGAAGAUACUUGUAGAUUUCAAACAUACUUAAAACAACAAAGAGAAAGAUAAAAAUACUCAGAAUUUCCAACUAUUAACACAUUCUAAGCCCAUAUGAACUAUUUUAGAAAUUGAUUUUUUGUGGGGUGGCAGUUAGGGAAGUGUAUUUGGGAAUGAAUGUUGUAAAAAAAAGUCACUACCGCCACCACCAACAAAACCUAGUGGCAGAUUCUACAGUACAGUUGUUCUUAGCCUGUGGAUAACUACCCCACACAUCUCAGAUAUUUUGCGUAUCAGAUAUUUACGUUACAAUUUAUAGCAACAAAAUUAGUUAUGAAGUAGAAGCAAAAAUAAUUUUAUAGUUGGAGGCCAUCACAACAUGAACUACAUUAAAGGGUCACAGCAUUAGGAAGGUUGAGAACCACUGCUCUAAAUACCAGCUCUUGAGAAGUGGAGGCAGGAGGAUUGUAGUUAACGCCACCUGGGUUUCAUGAGACCCUAUCUCAAAAUUUCCAAAUAAGUACAUGGAAAGGAACCCUGUGGUCUUAGAAUCCACCUCCGUGAUUCUAUUUGAACUGUGCCUGCUUGCUGGACUCUGGGUGGGUGAAGUGAUACUGAGUGGCCGCUUGGACCAGGAGCCCAGGGCACGUGGGAGAAAUGGAGGGCCUUCGAGUAAGCGAGCACGAGCUUGCAGCGUGGACUCAUCCAUCUCCCUGGGGCAGAGGUGUCAGGCACCAGCCACUGAGCAUGACCUGGGCCAGAGAGCAGUUGGCCUCUUGUACAGUCCGGAUCCCAGCUCAGAGCCCCAACCCCGGACUGGCGCCACAGUCAGCCGGUGGGGCGAGAUAAAGCGGGCAAGAUUCUGCGGGUCCAAAUCAGGAAGGCGCAGCUCCGAUAGCAGCGCAGGGGCCCGGGCUCCCGGUGUGUUUGCUCCAACUGUUUAAACUGCUUCAAAGAGCCAGGGCCAGAGCGACCUUCGGCAAACAGCUGCUAAUCUCUAGCAAGGGGGUGCUGUUCCCGAGAGGACUAGGGAGCCAAGGCCUCCUGCUCGCGCCCCGCCCCCGCGGGACUUCAGCCCACCUGACUCCACCAUGCCCCGAACCACGAGAGGAGGGCCAACAGUGCGGUCCAGGAGAACGCGGGAACUCCGGCCGGAAGCCCUCAGGUCCUUGUUCCGCCCUCAGGGGGCGGGGGCGGGGCGGACUAAGACUGGCCUGCCACUCCAGCGAGCAGGCUAUCUGCUGGUUCCCCACUGCUCCGACUAGCCAUUGACGCCGCCUCACCUCUGCUGCCAGUAGCCUCGCCGUCGGGGAGCCCUAGCGCAGCGUCCGCCCUCAGCAUGAUGGACUUGGAAUUGCCACCGCCAGGACUACAGUCCCAGCAGGACAUGGAUUUGAUUGACAUCCUUUGGAGGCAAGACAUAGAUCUUGGGGUAAGUCGAGAAGUGUUUGACUUUAGUCAGCGACAGAAGGAUUAUGAGCUGGAAAAACAGAAAAAACUCGAAAAGGAGAGACAAGAGCAACUCCAGAAGGAACAGGAGAAGGCCUUUUUCGCUCAGUUACAACUGGAUGAAGAGACCGGAGAAUUCCUCCCAAUUCAGCCAGCCCAGCACAUCCAGACAGACACCAGUGGAUCUGUCAGCUACUCCCAGGUUGCCCACAUUCCCAAACAAGAUGCCUUGUACUUUGAAGACUGUAUGCAGCUUUUGGCAGAGACAUUCCCAUUUGUAGAUGACCAUGAGGUUUCUUCACCUACAUUUCAGUCGCUUGCCCUGGAUAUUCCCAGCCACGUUGAGAGCUCAGUCUUCACCACCCCUGAUCAGGCUCAGUCACUCGAUAGCUCUCUGGAGACGGCCAUGACUGAUUUAAGCAGCAUACAGCAGGACAUGGAGCAAGUUUGGCAGGAGCUAUUUUCCAUUCCCGAGUUACAGUGUCUUAAUACGGAAAACAAGCAGCAGGCUGAGACUACCACUGUCCCCAGCCCAGAGGCCACACUGACAGAGAUGGACAGCAAUUACCAUUUUUACUCAUCGAUCCCCUCACUGGAAAAAGAAGUGGACAGCUGUAGUCCACAUUUCCUUCAUGGUUUUGAGGAUUCUUUUAGUAGCAUCCUCUCCACGGAUGAUGCCAGCCAGCUGAACUCCUUAGACUCAAAUCCCACCUUGAACACAGAUUUCGGUGAUGAAUUUUACUCUGCUUUCCUAGCAGAGCCCAGUGGCGGUGGCAGCAUGCCUUCCUCUGCUGCCAUUAGUCAGUCGCUCUCUGAACUUCUGGGCGGGCCCAUUGAGGGCUGUGAUCUGUCCCUGUGUAAAGCUUUCAACCAGAAGCACACUGAAGGCACGGUGGAGUUCAAUGACUCUGACUCCGGCAUUUCGCUGAACACAAGUCCCAGCCGAGCAUCCCCAGAGCACUCUGUGGAGUCUUCCAUUUACGGAGACCCACCGCCUGGGUUCAGUGACUCGGAAAUGGAAGAGCUAGACAGUGCCCCUGGAAGUGUCAAACAGAAUGGACCUAAAGCACAGCCAACACAUUCUUCUGGGGAUACAGUACAGCCUCUGUCGCCAGCUCAAGGGCACAGUGCUGCUGUGCACGAAUCCCAGUGUGAAAAUACAACAAAAAAAGAAGUACCUGUGAGUCCUGGUCAUCAAAAAGUCCCAUUCACAAAAGACAAACAUUCAAGCCGAUUAGAGGCUCAUCUCACAAGAGAUGAGCUUAGGGCAAAAGCUCUCCAUAUUCCAUUCCCUGUUGAAAAAAUCAUUAAUCUCCCUGUUGAUGACUUCAAUGAAAUGAUGUCCAAGGAGCAAUUCAACGAAGCUCAGCUUGCAUUAAUUCGAGAUAUACGCAGGAGAGGGAAGAAUAAAGUUGCCGCUCAGAACUGUAGGAAAAGGAAGCUGGAAAACAUUGUAGAGCUGGAGCAAGACUUGGGCCACUUAAAAGACGAGAGAGAAAAACUACUCAGAGAAAAGGGAGAAAACGACAGAAACCUCCAUCUUCUGAAAAGAAAACUCAGCACUUUGUAUCUGGAAGUCUUCAGCAUGUUACGUGAUGAGGAUGGGAAACCUUACUCUCCCAGUGAGUACUCUCUGCAGCAGACCAGAGAUGGCAACGUGUUCCUUGUUCCCAAGAGCAAGAAGCCAGAUACAAAGAAAAACUAGGUUCGGGAGGAUGGAGCCUUUUCUGAGCUAGUGUUUGUUUUGUACGGCUAAAACUUCCUACUGUGAUGUGAAAUGCAGAAACACUUUAUAAGUAACUAUGCAGAAUUAUAGCCAAAGCUAGUGUAGAAAUAAUAUGAAACUUUACAAAGCAUUAAAGUCUCAAUGUUGAAUCAGUUUCAUUUUAACUCUCAAGUUAAUUUCUUGGGCACCAUUUGGGCUAGUUUCUGUGUAAGUGUAAAUACUACAGAACUUAUUUAUACUGUUCUCAUUUGUUACAGUCAUAGACUUAUAUGACAUCUGGCUAAAAGCAAACUAUUGAAAACUAACCAAACCACUAUACUUUUUUAUAUACUGUAUGAACAAGAAAUGACAUUUUUAUAUUAAAUUGUUUAGCUCUGAUAAAAAUUAAAAGGAGCUAGCACUAAUAAAGGAAUAUCAUGACUUAAA